CUCUUACAGACAGUGCGGCGGCCCAGGCGUCGCGUCUACGCGGGGGAUUACAGUAACCCGGUUGUCAGUGAUGAGUCAGAGUGCGUGGUGCUGAUGCUGCUGCCAUUUCAUCACCUUUGCAAGCGCAGCAUCCAUCCCUCCGCUAUCCGGGCGCCUGGGCCUACCCAGCUUCGGGUUCCCAGGUCAGCGAUGCGCUCGCGGCUGAGCUAGAUCCUGCCGAGCCGCGCUCUCUGAGGCGUCGGCGGGGCGCCCCCUCCCGCCGUCCCCGGUCCGAGCCAAGGAGACCUGCAGAGCCGCGGCCAUGGAGGCCAUCUGGCUGUACCAGUUCCGGCUCAUUGUCAUCGGGGAUUCCACAGUGGGCAAGUCCUGCCUGAUCCGCCGCUUCACCGAGGGUCGCUUUGCCCAGGUUUCUGACCCCACCGUGGGGGUGGAUUUUUUCUCCCGCUUGGUGGAGAUCGAGCCGGGAAAACGCAUCAAGCUCCAGAUCUGGGAUACCGCGGGUCAAGAGAGGUUCAGAUCCAUCACUCGCGCCUACUACAGGAACUCAGUAGGUGGUCUUCUCUUAUUUGACAUUACCAACCGCAGGUCCUUCCAGAAUGUCCAUGAGUGGUUAGAAGAGACCAAAGUACACGUUCAGCCCUACCAAAUUGUAUUUGUUCUGGUGGGUCACAAGUGUGACCUGGAUACACAGAGGCAAGUGACUCGCCACGAGGCCGAGAAACUGGCUGCUGCAUACGGCAUGAAGUACAUUGAAACGUCAGCCCGAGAUGCCAUUAAUGUGGAGAAAGCCUUCACAGACCUGACAAGAGACAUAUAUGAGCUGGUUAAAAGGGGGGAGAUUACAAUCCAGGAGGGCUGGGAAGGGGUGAAGAGUGGAUUUGUACCAAAUGUGGUUCACUCUUCAGAAGAGGUUGUCAAAUCAGAGAGGAGAUGUUUGUGCUAGUCAGCUCUUUUAUUUCCAAAACAUGCUCUCCUACUUGAACUGAAAAGUAAGAGAAAUAAAUAGAAUCUUUGUGUAA